AUGGCUAGUAGACAGACGGAAAAAACAAAUAACGAAAUAACGAAAACAACGGAAAAAGCGGAAAAAAUAAAUGAGCACAUUACGCCUUCGCUGGAGGACAUUCAUAACGAUAAGAUAAAAUCGGUAGACACUUCUCCCAAUAAAGCGAAUCAAAAUUCGGAAAAAGACAUGCCAUUUGGCUUAACAAAUUGGGAAAUAUCUUCCGAGCGUGCUGUUUCGAGCGAUAUACGGGAAGGUGAAGGUGAAGGCGAAGGAGAUUUUUUCAGCAGUAACGUAAAAUGUAAUAAUGCCAAGACGAAAUUUAAAAGUUACGCAUUAAGUGGGAACGCUCCAGAUGCGCAACUUAGUGAACACUCAAACAAAUUAAAGGAAAAAAAACACUUGCACACAAUAAUAAAGGAAAAAAUCCGCAAGUAUAGCAUUUGUCACAACGGCGAAAGUGGAAACUAUUGUCACUCGCCAGAAAAAUUCAACACCGAAUGUUUGAAGGAAGAUAAGGCAGUUGACAAAUUCGACAAAGCAGAAAAUUCAAAUAAUUUUUUUUACACAGAUCAUCAACCCGUUCCGCAUUCCCUGCAGCAGGAAUAUUGUGGCCACGAUAUAACUGCACGCGAAGGGACUCGUCGAAAUGAAAAGGAGGAUGCAACGUUAGGGCGUUCGAAGUGUUAUAAAGAUACGCACAAGAGCAAGUUCAACAGCAUGACGCGCUUAGAGUCCGCUUCGAAAGUGGCGGAUGACUCGAGCGGAGCCUUGCCGCGGGGUGGUGACUCCGGCGAUGGGGGGCUAAGCGGCGACAGUGAUAAGAGGGAGGACCACGCGGCAGGAGCCCCUACGCAGGGGAAUGGUGAACAGAACCAGGAUCACCGCGAUCACCGCGAUCAUCCCGCGAAGAACAGCCCGCACGCUGAAGACAUAAUCAGGUGCAACGACGAGGAGCUGAUAAGGAGUCUUCAAAAGGGAGAAGGAGUUAACCCUGUUGAGCGGGUGGAGCGGCCCUCACCGAAAUAUCAAGAAAAGGGACGCUCCAAGUAUCGCAGAAAUUGCUACAAUGUUCGGCAGAGCAGCAUUAAAAGUAUUGUGAAUGGCAAGGGUGCACAGCUUGGUAGGAGGGAGGCGCAUAGUGAAGCACGUGAAGGGGACUCGAGGGUCGAUGAAGGGAAAAGCGCGUCCGGGGGGGAAGUAGACAAGUUCAGUGGCGCGGGGAGAGACUCCUCUGGGGAGGCACCCUCGAAUAGAGGUGAUGAUGAGCACGACGAUCACGGCAGAGAAAACCACAACGAGGAAAAAGGUAGUAGUGACGAGAAUGACGCGCGGGACAAGGGAGAUGGUGAGGCAGACGGUAGGGGAGAUAUUGCGAGGAAGAACCUGGAGGAAGGCGGGUGGAUAGAAAUCGAGCAGCCGCUCAAUUUCUGGGACGCCCUGAAGAACAAUUUUAAGAACGUGUUUUUGGUGAAGUCGGAGGGGGGAGAAGCGGCAGAUGGAGGGGAGAAGGCGGCAGCUGGAGGGGAGGAAGCCGAGUCAGCCAACUUAGGCGAUUCUGUCAACGAACUCAAGGAGUCCGUCUCGCCCGCCGCGCCUACCGCGCCUACCGCGUCUAGCGCGCUUGGCGAGUUCCCCCUCUCGCCAGACGUGUACGUGAAGUGCCUAAACUUCCUGAGCGCGGAAAAAAUCCUGGAGUGUGAGCUGCUAAACAAGCUGAGCAGCCACGUAAUAAACAACCGAAUCAACGUGUUCACCCACGUGAAAAAACUAACGCUAGAUGAGAGGUGGUCCCACAUCCCAAUAUACAAGAGACAGUUCUAUCUGCACCAAAUGAAAAACGUCAAGCAUAUGUACACCUCGGAGAAAAUAUACUCAGGCAAUGGAAUGUACAUUCACGAAGUAGCUGCAAUUAUAUUUCAAAAUGUGUCUAAUUUGAAGACCCUAGAAUUACUGUCGCCCGAAUAUUGUAUGAAUGAUAAUACCCCAAGACAUGAGCCAUUCGCUCUAUGCCCAUCUGUUUUUUCAAAACUGGAGAAGCUAACAAUAAUUGGAUGCCAGACGUUGGAGUGGCUACACAUUUUGCGUAAUUGUUCCUUUCCUUUGUUAAAAAAAUUUGAAGUAUGUUACUACCCCCUCCAUCAUGAUCACUGGGUGUGGAAAUUCAUUUUCGAUUUUACCCUCUUGGGGUUACAAGGCUUGUUUAAAAUUUUAUACACUAUGGAGAAUCUUCAAAAAUUGAGCAUCGGAUUUGACGUACUGUUUGAUAAUCUGGAAGGGUAUCUGUACAACCCUUUGGAGAGUCACCGGAAUCUGUUGGGGGGGGUUAAUUUUGUUCCAAAUAAUCAGCGGUAUACAAACGCGUUGUCUGCCCCCCCGGCGAAUGGGAACCCCUCGAGGAAGUUUAAAAGCUACCGGGGAAGGAUCUGCGAGGAGGAUUUCAGUGACAUCUUCACCAUUGCUUAUUACAUUUCGGGGAAAUGUGGGAAGCUGAAGAGGAUUAUGAUCAAGUACAGGGACUCGUAUGAUAGUUAUGAUGACGAGAUGGAUAACGACGAGACGCUGAAUGAGUUCAUUUCGGAGGCCACCAACACGGCGUCGAGUUACUACAACUAUGUGCUCAACUGGUUUCGGUCCGCGGGUGGUACGGCGUCGGAGCGGGGUUAG